AGAAAAACCUUAACCUAAAACCCGCCUCUUUCCUUCUCCUCCUCUUCCACUUUCAGACUCCCAGUCUUCUUCUUUACACAGAAAAACCCUAGCUCUAUUUUCUCCAAGUAAAGCAGGGAGAUGGGGGCCAAAGCGAAAAAGGCGAUGAAAAAGCAAUUGAGCAAAGCCUCUGCUCAAUUAUCAGCUUCUUCUCACAAAAAUAAAGAAGCUGCUGCUUCUGCUGCUCCUGCUACUGCAAUUGUCCCUGCUUCUACCGCUGCUGAUUUCUUGCCAUUAGAAGGCGGUCCAGCGCGGAAACUCCCCCAAGAAAAACCCACGGAGGAUGUUGCUACUGUUUUAUACAUUGGUCGGAUACCUCAUGGCUUCUAUGAGAAAGAAAUGGAAGGAUUUUUUGGGCAAUUUGGUUUGAUUAAGAGAUUAAGAAUUGCGCGUAACAAAAAGACAGGGAAAUCAAAGCAUUUUGGCUUCAUUGAGUUUGAAGACCCUCAGGUAGCGAAAGUUGUAGCUGACACUAUGCAUAACUAUUUGUUGUUCGAACACGUGUUGCAAGUCCAUCUUAUUCCUCCGCAGAAAGUUCACCCAAAAUUAUGGAAAGGUUUCAACUACCGAGUCAGACCCGUGAACUGGGUUCAAAUUGAGCGGAAGAGACAAGACAAGGAAAGAACAGUGGAAGAGCACAAGAAGUUAAUGGGGAAGAUUGUGAAGAGAGAUCUGAAGCGUCAAAAGAAAAUUGAGGCUGCUGGUAUUGAUUAUAAAUGCCCAGAAAUUGUGGGUAGUAGUGAGGAGCCUGCUCCAAAGAAAAGGAAGACCGACCGAAAGAAGGUUGUUUCUAAAUGAUGAAGCACACGCUCUCGUCUUGGUCCCACCCCUAAAACCGGGAAAGAGACAGUUUUGGAUAUCAGAAUUGGUCUUGGGUUUUGAAUCUUAUUUGUAAGAUUUUACAAAUAUAACGUAGUUUUUCUCAUGACCUUUUCAUCACUCUUCAUGUAUUGUAAUCGUGCAUUUUUUAUCGACAAGUUUAUGGGAACAUCUUCAGUUUCAAAGUCAA